AUGAAGCUGCCUUAUGCUAAGCUACAAGUACAUUAUCAACCAGUGCGGUGCAUCUUUGCGGAAUGUGGCUGCACGAUGCUCUUCUGUUCUGUGCGGUGUCGACAAGCGGGCUGGUUGCGAUUUCAUUUUGCUGGUUGCCCUGGCAGUAUGACUGAGGAUCAGCGGAAAGCAUACUACGAAUUUAUACAUCACAACUGGGAGUGCAGAGGAGUGGACUACAGUGAUACGGUCUUUCUCGCCUUCCGCUUCAUCUGCAUGGCCCUCACGAACGUGCGCCUGCACCGUCAGACGCUGGAGUUGGCAUACAAGCCGAUUGCACAGUUAAUCAAGGCGCCGUUGUCGGCCUUUCACUUUACGUAUCUUUUUUCCGAAGACGGGUCCAACGACAGGCAAAAAAAGCAGGACGGAGAGCAGCAAAGUGAGCAGGAACAGUUUAUGCACCGGGAGACAUUCAAGCAGUUGCGUGAUACUCAGCCGUCAGUGGCAGACAAAGACACAAUGGACGAGUUCCUUUGGACAGGGGUGACGCUGGUGGACCGCAUCCUGCAGCUCACCGAGGAGGAGCGUGGUCUGUUGACCGUGACGCGGUGGUCGGAGCUUCUUGGGGCAGUGCUUCUUAACGGACAGGAGCGUAGCCCUCCGUCGAAUUACGAUCGACUGAAGGAACUCGUGCAGCGCCUACCAUGUGGGAUGGCCGCCAUGAACGCGUUUGAACGGGAGGUGCAGCUGGCAGGCAAAGAUGUGGAACAGUUAUUUCAAAGCUCGCGGGGUCAGGGGAUAUACACCGUUGGAUGUCUUCUCAACCAUUCCUGCGAGCCGAACCUUCAAGUCGUCCACAGCGACUCUGGUGAUGAAAUGCUGUCGGUUGUCGCCCUUCGCGAUAUUGAUCCAGGGGAAGAGCUAUGCAUCAGCUACAUUGAUGAGACCCUGUCUUAUCCCGAACGCCAGCAGGAGCUCUACGAGCACUACCUCUUCACCUGUCGCUGCCCUAGGUGUGACCGUGAGUCGGUUGCCCGCGAACUCAUGGAACCUUCAGGGAAGGCGCCUCCCUCUGCGUGCACAUUCUCGAAAUCGCAAUAA